AUGAAAGCAAUUGGCGUCAAAGGAGGUGGCGGUAACGCCGAUGCUCUCUUCAUCGACGACAAUGUCCCUGACCCGGUUGUCAGGCCAAAUGAUGUACUUGUUCAGAUCAAAGCUUUUGGUCUGAAUAGAAUGGAUAUCAUGCAGCGAGAAGCAAAGUAUCCUUACCCGCUUUUACCAGAGUCGGGGACAAUUAUGGGAGUUGAGUUCAGUGGUGUUGUUGAAGCGAAAGGGAAUGCUUGCAAUUUGGAUUUCAAGCCUGGUGACAGAGUGUUCGGACUCGCGUAUGGAGGAGCUUAUGCGCAAAAGAUUUCAGUCUCUGAGAAAAUCCUUAUGCACAUGCCACAUAGUUUGUCUUUCGAGAUAGCUGCAGGAAUCCCAGAAACAUAUUUCACAGCAAUCCAAGCAAUCCAUCUCGUUGGCGACCUACAACCUGGUCAAAGUGUGCUCAUCCAUGCUGGCGCAUCUGGAGUCGGCCAAGCCGCAAUCCAAGUAGCAAGGCAAGGUGGCGCAUCCAAAGUCUUUUCUACAGCAGGAUCGGACGAAAAGUGCUCUCUCUGCAAGUCCUUAGGAGCCGAUAUUGCUAUCAAUUACCGUUCACAGGACUUCGCAGAAGUGAUAGCUGAAGAAACAGGCGGCAAAGGUGUAGAUCUGAUAAUCGAUUUGGUAGGACGAGACUACUGGCAUCGAAAUACGGCAUCCGCGGCCAUGGAUUCCAAGAUUGUGCUUGUAGCUGCUAUGAGCGGGAGUUUGAUUGAAGACUUCAAUCUCAGGGCGUUGUUGAAUAAAAGGAUCUGGGUCCUGGCUACCACGCUGAGGACGAGAAAUGCUGAUUAUCAAGGGAAACUGAGGGAUAAGUUUGUAGAAUUGGCGAUGGAUCAUUUGGCGAGUGGAAAGAUGAAAAUCACGGUUGAUAAAAUAUAUCCUUGGACCGAGAUUGCGGAGGCUCACAGGAGGAUGGAGGCGAAUAUCAACGCGGGGAAGAUUAUUUGUCUGAUUGAUUAG